CCUGGACACACACAGAACAGUGAGGAAGACAUUUGAGAGAUCCUUGAGAGGAACCAAGGACCCUGCAGCCUUCAAGGCCUCCAGAGGGUGCCUUUCCCUCCUGUAGCCUGGACACCUGGUGAGUCAUAAGGAAAACCUGUCAAGUUCUCUCCCUGACACCUAGACCUAGCAGCUAUCAUGGGCACUCCAGAUGGGGAACGCUUCGUUGAGACUGGGGUUAACUGCCUCUUGGACAUGAGGAGCACAGAGGACGUGCAGCUCCUGCUGACAGAAGAGGAAACCUGGAAACAGUUUGUGGCAGGAGUUGAUUUGUCCAGGGAGGAGGAAGCUACCUUGCGAGAAGCUCCUGCUAAGAUCUUUGCAGAUCCUGAUGGAGAAAAUGAAGAUGAGUUCCUGCGGGAUGAGAAUGAGAGGAAAGAGGAAGAUGCCUUGAGCGAAGCCCUUGGUGAGAUUGUAGCUGACACUGACUCAGAAGAUGAAGUCGAGCUCCAAGAUGCCCUGUGGCACAAGGAGAGUUUCUUGGAUGCUUAUUCUCAGGUGAAACUGGAGCUGGAGGGCUGCAUCAGGAAGCUCCGCACCCUGGCAGACAAGGUUGACAAGGUGCACAGGGACUGCACCAUCUCACAGGUGGUGGCCGGCUCCAGCAGCGCUGUGUCUGGAAUCCUGACAAUCCUUGGUCUGUCUCUGGCACCUGUGACAGCAGGGGUCAGUCUGGCACUGUCAGCCACUGGCUUGGGGCUGGGGGCAGCAGCAGCUGUGACUAGUGUUUCCACCAGUAUUGUGGAAAAGGUAAAUGUGGCAUCUGCUAAAGCUGAAGCCAGCAAGCUGGUGUCAACCAACAAAGACACAAUGGAGGACAGUAAAGACGUUUUGGAUGAGAGUGGCCCCAGACUUGUUUCCUUAUCCAAGAAUUCCUUCACGAACCUAAAAAACAUCAAGAAUAACAUUGAUGCCAUCAAGCUGACCAAAGCCAACCCUCGCCUAGCAAACAAUGCCAAGCGUCUCAUGACCACAGGGAAGAUAUCUGCCAGAAACUCUAAACAGGUGCAGAAAGCCUUCAGAGGUACCCCUCUGGCAAUGACCAAAGGAGCCCGGAUCAUGGGUGCAGCCACCGCAGGUUUAUUCCUCCUGCUGGAUGUUGUCAGCCUUGUGCAAGACUCGAAGCAUUUGCAUGAGGGUGCUAAGUCAGAGUGUGCUGCAGAGCUGCGGAAGCAAGCUCAGGACCUGGAGCAGAAGCUGGAGAAGCUCAAACAGAUCCAUGACAUCCUGAUUCAGUGACCUCUUCCUCUUCAGUGCAGCUCAGAGAACUGGGGAGGGAGUGUGCUGGACAGAGCCAUGAACACAUGGGAGCCCCUGCCUCCCUGCACAGCAGUGCCUGCUAAAGGGAGAGGGCACAUUAAGAGACAGGAAGCCAGAACACAGAUGGGACAGUCUCAUGACCUCUUACCAGACUCCAGCUCUGAGAUCCAUCAACCUCCCAACUAAGAACCAAGCACCCAAGCUGGGGAGCCCAUCCAUGUCCUGACUAAGCCACAGCAUGGCUGCUCCUGAGCUGUGCCCACUGUGCUGCACCCAGCUGAGGCUCACCCUCCUCACCGUCCACUGAGCUGUCAAUCUUCCCACUGCUUUUUGAUUGGGUGCCACAGAGAUCUUCUCCUCUUUUCUUCUUCUGCCUAAUUGUGUGUUUUUCCAAAUAUUUCUCAACCUUACAAUCAGACUCUGGUUGUGAACAUCAUUUCCUGUUAUUAGUCUGGGGUCACGUGAGUGAAAUGCUCAAGACUAGAAAGAGAGGAUGCUGGGAACACCAACCAUCCAGUCAUCACGAGUUCUUGGCCCUACAUGCCCCUGUGGAUGCUACCAGAAGGAGAGGUGGCAGGAUAUAACUGGUGAGUCCUUCUCUCUGCUGCCAGACUCCUGGAAAAUCAGAAGCUUUAAUGCCUAUUGACAUUUAAAAUGUGCUGUAACUGGAUCAGAUCUGCCAAGAUGAGCAGGAAGGAUGACACUUGGUCCAUAAAUUUUGAAGAAUAAAUUUGUGAGCCCGGCCUAGACAUGUAUUGUGUGCUUUCUGAAAAUGAAAUAUGUUUUCUGAGUUAACUACAGACAUUUCAUAAUUCCUUCCCAAUUUUUAACAUCUUCUCUUUUAAAAACCUGUUUUCUUUCUUGUGAUUUAAGAGGAAUGCUUAAGACACAGGUCUUUUCCUUCUUCGUGUUCCAUUACUCUUCUGAUGACUGAGGCUCCCCUGAGACUGCAGUACAGGGCACAGUGUCCCCUGCACCACAGCAAUUCAGGUGGCCUUCUUCCCAUGUUCUGAAAAAUGGAAACUGAGAUGACCUGUGAGGUUUCAAGGUCUUGUCUAUUAGAGAAGAGUCUUGUGCUCCACAAUCUGAGUGUCCUCCCUUUGGGCUGGAUUAUGUAGUUAAGGGCAAGCUUGAUACAGAGUCAGCCUCUCCUGUGGUGCCAAACAAGGACAAGAUGGCUUCCUGGAUGAACUGAAUAGAAAGCUACCUACACCAUGAGCAGGGGAACGGCUUGUACCUCAGGGUCCAAGCUCAUUGAGUCCUCUCUCCUGUUAAGCCCAUGUGUGGCACUAGUGAAAUCUGUGCCAGCUGUUCAGCAUCUGUCCAUUGACCAACCCAAGAGCUAUCACCAGACUCCACCCCUUGCUGAGCCUUGACCCUGUUCUCUCUGCAGACUCUCUCAGUCUGGUCCUUUGGGACAUUGGUUGCUUGAAACCCUGAGCCUCUGUCACUGAACUUUCCAAGGCUCUCAGCCCUUCGAGCCUCUGUUGGACCCAAAGAGUCUGAAGUCCAGGCAUCUUUACUCACAAAGACACAGAGACUAAGAUCGCUGCAACAAGCAUGAGGUUUAUUGAUCCAACGCAUUGGGGUCGUCCUGCAAUCGGGACAGAGGCGACCCAGAUGGCACAUUUUAGGCAGUUCUUAUACUUUUUAGAGGUACAAGUUACAUCAGUCAAGUUGCAGUUUAAACCCCUUAACUAACAUCUAUAGACCAUUGACCUUUAGAUUUGCCUAGGGUCUUCCAGAGAGAUCAAGUAGUUAUCAGUUAAUACAUUGUGAGGGUGAUUAUCAUUAUCGUUAAUACAUUCUUACUCUGAAAUGCCUCAGGGAUUGAGAACAGAAUUCAGCUUAUCUUUGACUCCAGGCCAGAGCAGGAAGCAGUAAAGAGGGUUUCUUUCUUUCUUUCUUUCUUUCUUUCUUUCUUUCUUUCUUUCUUUCUUUUUUUUUUUUUUUUUUUUUUUUUUUUUUUUUUUUUUGGUUUUUUUGGUUUUUUUAGGGCUACAUAGAGAAACCAUGUCUCAAAAAAAGGCAUUUAAAACAAAUUUAAGUUAUGUAAUAAUGUAUCUCAAUUUUUUUUUCUUUUUUUUUGGGGGGGGUGUUGGAUUUGGUUUUUUGAGACAGGGUUUCUCUGUGUAGCCCUGGCUGUCCUGGAACUCACUCUGUAGACCAGGCUGGCCUCAAACUCAGAAAUCUGCUUGCCUCUGCCUCCCAGAGUGCUGGGAUUACAGGCGUGCACCACCACCCGGCAUAUCUCAAUUUUUAAGUGCUCUUAACAAGAAUAAAGGCUACUAAAAGAGACCAAGACAAGCUCAGAGAUGAGUACAGUCCCCUAAAAGGGACAGAAGAGAUGGUCAGGGUGAAAGGGGAGAGAGUGCAGAGGAGAACACUGUGGCCAGGUCUGUCACUGAUGAACACAAGUGACAGGCAACAAAGAUUGUGCCUGCAGCUGCUGCCCCUGGACAGGUACUGCAUCCACUUCAGGCUUUUUUAAGGGUGUCCUGACAUGUGAGAGAAACUAGGGAGGUCCUCACAAUGAGCUGUAACUACUCAGUCACAUAAAGGGAAGAAAUAACAGUGUGUCCAGCAUUGCAGAUAGCUGUCCAUGACAUGUGCUUAGUCAAAACAGGGUCGACUGUAACCAGCUAUUACAUUUGUGAUUCCAGUUGUAAAAUAAACUAUUGAAAUGGAAAAAUUAUGAAUUCUAUAGUGCAUUGGGUCAUUGCCUUGAGUUUAGAGAAGGCACAAGACCCUGAAAAGUUAACCACGGGGUAUCACUUUGUGGGGAUAGAAAAAUCUUUACCUUGAUUGUCACAGUGAUUCUGUGAAUCCAUAGCUGUGGUAAAUAAUCGGGGACUUCUGCAGACACAUGGAAAUGAGUGCAGACAAAGCCAGUGGAGUAGCAGUGUGUUCUGUGGUCAAGCUCAUUGGGCAGACAUGGCAAAGGAACACCGCUUACCACGUGGCAGCCAAGAAUCAAGGGAGUAAGAGGAAAGAGACACAGCCAAGAUGUGGUGUUCGAUGGCGUGCUCCUGGUGACCCACUGUCUGUAGUAAACCCCACUUCCCAAUGGACCUCUCAGAACUUUACUCAUUCAAUAAGGUAAUCUAGUCACCACAUCAGAGGCCUUCCCAUUCCAAACUCAGAUACGACCAGAGGCAAGUUCUAUCAGUCUCCAUGCUGUCUUGCAGUUCAGCAAAGUGCACAGUUGCAGUGACCGACACACCUUCCUUCUGCCUGCUGCCCUCCUUUUCUCUAGGACUCAUUCAGAGAUGUACAAGGAAAAAAUGCAGAAGUUUUUUUAAGAAUGCUGAAAACUUUGCAGGUGGAUUCAUAGUUGAUCGUCUCCUUCUCACUGGCCAGAGUGUGGUGAUGGCCUUGUUCCAUCGCCAUCCAGAAGACUGUGAAGGAAAGAAUAAAUACAAAACCAAGGGAAGAGGCUGUUCCCAUCCCCCACCCAAAGGGUACUGUGUACAGGCUGACAGCGAUGCCAUUCCCAAGGAAGACCUCAAGUGGGACAACAGUUGUGAGAUCCUCAGGAAACAGAUCCAAGCAUCAGUCACCUGGUCAGCUCAGGGCAGGAUGCUGAGUAUAGACAGAGCAUGUGUGAUAAUGAGUAGAUUAUUAAUGCAUGCUGAAAUUUUAAAAUAGAAAUGACUGGUUUUUAACAUAAAUGCUUAGAUUUGUGAUUCUUUUAUGAUUUUUAUAAGAUUGCCUUUUAAGAUAAAUAACAAAAUAAUUGAUUGUUUCUUUCUAACUGCAAAUUGUAGCCUUCCAGGAAAAACAAAUUGCCUGAGAAAAUUAUCUCGCUGGCUUACACCUUGUGGAUCUAUAACAAGUUGCUUAGUUACGAAUGCUGUGGGUUCAUGGGAAUAAUUUGCUUUUUCUUCACCUGUGAUAUGUAAUAUGUUUUUCAUGAAAAAGGAAUUGGAAACAUACCGUUUCUUUAUGAUCAUUCACUAAAACAUUAAUAAAAUAGAGUCACAUUAUCA